UGUUAAUGCUAGACAGGGAAGGGACCAAAAAUGUCUGGUACAGACAAGUCGACUGCGUGCUGUUCCGGGUCUUUGGGUUCUUCUUAAUGCUCCACCAAAUAGUAUCAAUACUUCAACUUGUAAGCAGUAAGCUUGAUACUGAGAAAGCUAGAAUAGAUUUCAAUGGAGCUCCUCUGUUUCUUGGUUUUCAGUAUCUGCUUACUCUUUUCUCCGAGCAGAAUUUCAUCAGCUGCUGAUACCAUUACUUCAUCUCAGUCCCUCAGUGAUGGCAAGUCAUUGGUUUCUUCUCCGGGUGGAAUAUUUGAGCUGGGUUUUUUCAGUCCAGGCAUUUCCAAGAGCCGCUACUUGGGAAUUUGGUACAAGAACAUCCCAACUCCAACUGUUGUUUGGGUUGCAAACAGGCAAACUCCAAUCAAUGGUUCCACUGGCAGCUUGAUGAUCAACAGCACAGGCAAUCUUGUCCUUGUCAACAACAACAACCAGACUGUUUGGUCUACAAAUUCAUCAAAACAGUCCCAGAGCCAGCGCCCUGUCCUGCAGCUCCUGGACAAUGGCAAUCUUGUCCUCAGAGAUGAGAAAGAUGCAAACUCAGAAAAGUACUUGUGGCAGAGUUUUGACUACCCAUCUGAUACUUUGUUGCCAGGAAUGAAGCUUGGAUGGGACUUGAGAACCGGACUUAAUCGACGUUUAACGGCAUGGAAAAGUCCAGAUGACCCUUCUCCAGGGGACUUCAUCUGGGAAAUGGAGCUGCAUGAGUAUCCUGAGCCAGUUAUGUGGAAAGGGUCCAAAGAGUACUUGAGAAGUGGCCCAUGGAAUGGUGUUUUGUUCAGUGGUAAACCAGCCAAGGCACUUCCUGCAUUGAACUUCAGUUUCAUUUCCAAUGAGGAUGAGGUUUACUUGACAAUCGACAUGGUGAAUAAGUCUGUACUUGGAAGGAUGAUCAUGAACCAAACCACGUCGACGCCGUAUCGACAGGAGUGGAUUUGGUCCGAAGCAGACCGGAAUUGGACAAUUUAUGCAACGUUUCCAAGAGACCCUUGUGAUAGUUAUGGCCACUGUGGUGGUAAUGGCAAUUGUGAUCUUAGUUCAUCCCCAAUUUGUCAAUGUUUGGAUAGGUUCAGUCCCAGAUCACCGGAGAACUGGAACUUAAAUGAGUUUUCACAAGGCUGUGAGCGCAGGAAGCCAUUGAGCUGCAAGAAUGAUGGAUUCGCCACGUAUCCCGGGUUGAAAUUGCCCGAUACUACGCAUAGUUGGGUAGAUAAAAGCAUGAAUCUCAAGGAAUGCAAGGCCAAAUGCUUAUCUAAUUGUUCUUGUUCUGCUUAUACAAACUUGGAUGUGAGAGGAGGAGGCAGUGGUUGUGCCAUCUGGUUCGAUGAUCUAGUCGAUAUCAAGCAAAUGCCAGGUGGUGACCAGGAUAUAUAUAUCAAGAUAUCUGCUUCAGAACUAGGAGGGAAAGAUGAGAAGUGGAAGAUAGCUGUGAUUAUUGCAUCUGCCUCUGCCCUUAUUCUUGGGAUGCUCUUAGUUGGCUAUUGUUGCAUUCUCAAAGCCAGAGGCAGGAAAUAUGUCAAAGGUCAAGACAUUGAAGAACAGAAAGACGAAGAUCUGGAGCUGCCAUUGUUCGACUUGACAACAAUAGAGGGUGCCACUAAUUUCUUUUCAGUCAACAAUAAGCUUGGUGAAGGCGGUUUUGGACCUGUAUACAAGGGUAGACUCGUAGAUGGUCAAGAAAUUGCAGUCAAGAGACUUUCAAGAAGUUCUGGACAAGGAAUAAAGGAGUUCAAAAAUGAAGUAAUACUGAUUGCCAAACUUCAACACCGAAAUCUUGUAAAGCUUCUUGGUUGCUGCAUUCAAGGAGAGGAGAAAUUGCUGAUCUAUGAAUACAUGCCCAACAAAAGCUUGGACUACUUCCUUUUUGAUGAAACACGACGUAAAUUGUUAGAUUGGCCUCAGCGCUUCCAAAUAAUCUGUGGGAUUGCUAGGGGGCUUCUCUAUCUUCAUCAGGAUUCCAGACUGAGGAUUAUACACAGAGAUCUCAAAGCAAGUAAUGUUUUACUUGAUAGAGACUUGAACCCGAAGAUCUCAGAUUUUGGUCUUGCUAGAACUUUUGGUGGAGAUCAAACUGAAGGAAAUACAAACAGAGUGGUUGGAACAUAUGGUUACAUGGCACCUGAAUAUGCUACUGAAGGGCAAUUCUCAGUGAAAUCUGAUGUCUUUAGCUUUGGUAUUUUACUGCUGGAGAUAAUAAGUGGAAAGAAAAGUAAAGGGUUCUAUCAUUUGAACCACCGCCUGAAUCUUAUUGGAAAUGCAUGGAGAUUGUGGAAAGAAGGAAGGCCAUUAGAGCUGAUUGACGAAGGGUUUGGGAACUCGUGCACUCUAUCAGACGUACUGCGAUGCAUCCAUGUCAGUCUGUUAUGUGUGCAACUACAGCCUGAGGACAGGCCAACCAUGUCAUCUGUAGUUCAGAUGUUAUGUAGUGAAAGUGCCUUGCCUGAGCCCAAAGAACCAGGAUUUGUUCCAGAAAAGGAUUUACUCAACGGAGAGUUUCCCCUAAUUAACAACGAACCAUCUUCUAAUGGUUUAACCAUUACACAACUCGAGCCUCGUUAAGGAUCAUUAGAUCAUAUAAAUUUAUGCAGUGUUGUUUGUCAGACAUUGUGUGUAUGUUUAAGUCUUCCAAUGCCCAAGUUACAAUAGUCCUUCUUGUAAAAUUUUAACUGUUACAAUGUACUCAAUAUUGAAAUAAUCAGUGCCUUUUUCCCUCUA